AUGGCGGCGUCUGGGAGCGGCGGCGCUGGCCGGGCGGAUAACGGCUACGGGAGCCAGCAGCCCCGGCGGAGGAAGGGCCCGGGCGCCCUGGCUACGACCUAUCUGGUCAUUUACAAUGUGGUGAUGACGGCGGGAUGGCUUGUUAUAGCAGUUGGUAUAGUCCGAGCAUAUCUGACUAAGGGUAGCUACCAUAGUCUUUACUACUCAAUAGAAAAGCCCUUGAAAUUCUUCCAAACUGGAGCUCUGCUUGAGAUUCUGCAUUGUGCAUUUGGCAUUGUUCCCUCUUCUGUUGUCCUGACUGCUUUCCAAGUGAUGUCAAGGGUUUUCCUGACAUGGGCGGUAACACACAGUGUAAAAGAGGUACAGAAUGAAGAUAGUGUCCUCUUAUUUGUUGUUGCCUGGACGAUCACUGAAAUUAUCCGUUACUCCUUUUAUACAUUUAGCCUAUUAAACCACCUCCCUUACCUCAUCAAAUGGGCCAGGUACACACUGUUCAUAGUACUGUAUCCAAUGGGAGUCUCAGGCGAAUUACUCACAAUAUAUGCUGCUUUGCCCUUCGUCAGACAGGCUGGCUUGUAUUCCAUUAGCUUACCUAACAAAUACAAUUUUUCCUUUGAUUACUAUACAUUCCUGAUCCUGGUUAUGAUCUCUUAUAUUCCAAUCUUUCCUCAGUUGUAUUUCCACAUGCUACAUCAGAGGAGAAAGGUACUUUCCCAUACUGAAGAACACAAGAAAUCUGAAUAA